AUGGGGACAGUAACAAGAGCUAGUUUCCGAGUCCAGGCCUGGGUGGUCUGUAUGUUCCUGGCAUUCUAUGUCACAGUCACGGCCACAGAGCCUGGAGCCACUCAUCCUGAAGUGGAUACUGCUCUGGGCCGCGUGCAAGGCCGGCAGGUGGAGGUGAAAAGCUCGGCCCGCCGGGUGAAUGUCUUCCUCGGCAUCCCGUAUGCCCAGGCACCAGUGGGACCCGGCCGGUUCUCAGCCCCGCGCCCAGCACAGUCCUGGGAGGGUGUUCGGGAUGCCAGCAAGGCGCCCCCAAUGUGCCUGCAGGAAGUGGAGAGAAUGAAGAACGCCAGGUUUACACUGAAUGGAAAGCAACUGGUCUUCCCUGUUUCGGAGGACUGCCUGAUCCUCAACAUCUACAGCCCAGCUGAGACCACUGCAGGGCCUGGGAAGCCGGUCAUGGUGUGGAUUCACGGGGGUUCAAUGUUAGUUGGUGCCGCCACCUCCCAAGAUGGGUCAGCGCUGGCUGCCCUUGGGGAUGUGAUAGUGGUCACUAUCCAGUAUCGCCUUGGCAUCCCUGGCUUCCUCAGCACUGGAGACGAGCACGCACCAGGCAACUGGGCCUUCCUUGACGUGGUGGCCGCUCUGCGCUGGGUUCAGGGAAACAUCGCCUCUUUUGGGGGUGACCCCAACUGUGUCACCAUCUUUGGGUCAUCUGCAGGUGCCAUAAUUGUUUCUGGCCUGGUCCUGUCCCCACUGGCUGAGGGGCUGUUCCACAGGGCCAUCUCCCAGAGCGGCGUCAUCACCAUCGCUGGGAUACUGGAUUCUAACCCACUGUCCCUGGCUCAGGACUUCGCAGACUCCUUGGGCUGUAGUUCCUACCCUGUAGCUGAGAUGUUGCAAUGUCUUCGGCAGAAGACAAGUGAAGAAAUGAUCCUCACCAAGGAUUCCCGCCAGAAAAUUUCAGUCAUGCCCUACACCAUCGAUGGUACCUUCUUUCCCAAGAGCCCCAAGGAGCUCCUGAGAGAGAGGAAGUUUCGCCCUGUGCCCUUCCUCAUAGGCAUCAACAACCAUGAGAUGGGCUGGCUCAUUCCAAAGGGCUGGGGAUUACUGGACCAACUGGAGCAGAUGAGCAAAUAUGACAUUCUGAACAGACAGAAGCUCCUAAUUUAUGACACGGACAUCCCUCCUGAGCUGAUGAUCACCACCCUAGAUGAAUACCUACCCCAUAGCUCCGACCUGAGGAACAAACACGAUGCCUUUCUGGACUUGCUGGGAGACAGUAUCAUCGUCUUUCCCACCUUGAACUUCUCAAGAAGUCUCCGAGAUUCUGGGUGCCCUGUCUUUUUUUAUGAGUUCCAGCAUCGACCCAGUUCUUUUGCAAAAAUCAAGCCAGACUGGGUGAAAGCUGACCAUGGGGCUGAGAUGGCCUUUAUGUUUGGGGGCCCCUUCCUCACGGAUGAGCGUUCCAUUUUGGCCUUCCCAGAGGCCACGGAAGAGGAGAAGCAGCUGAGCCUCACCAUGAUAGCCCAGUGGACACAAUUUGCCCGGACAGGGGACCCCAACGGCAAGGGACUGCCUUCUUGGCCCCUCUUUGACCAGUCGGAGCAAUACCUGGAGAUCAACCCAGCACCAAGGGUUGGUCAGAAACUAAAGGAAGCCCGGAUGAAGUUCUGGGCAGAGACACUCCCCAACAAGAUCCAGCAGUGGAAGCAGAAGCAGCAGGACUGGAGGGCCCAGGAGGAGCUCUGA